AGGAUGAAGGUAGAGCAUGAGGAGGCGGUACAGAAGCUCGAGGAGAAGAUUGCGCACAAUGAGCAAUCGUCGAGAGCAGAAGAGGAGUCGAACUCCCUCCUACGCGAAACUUCACGCAUCCUCGAAACACCCACCCUCCUCCAACCCUCGGAUUUGGUUCAACGUAUCUCCGUACUAAUCGAACAAAAUCAACUUUUGCGGGCGGAGAAGGACCAGGUUGAGGGGAGGCUGGAACAACGAAGUUUGAAGGCGAGAGAUCUGACGCAGAGGUUGUAUACGUAUUCUGCGCGGUGUAGGGAGUUGUUGGAGAUGGUCGAGAAUAUGGCGAACAAAUCCUCCAGGAGUGGUAAUGCCUCAUCUGGGGCUGCUUCUACAAGUACUGGUGCCGGGGCUGCUGCUGGUGCUAGUUGUGGGGAGACUGUUGCAAUUGGACCACUCCUCGUUCCUGGGCCCAGCCCAGAGGGACGGCCGACGACUCCGACUCCGGCACAAGCUAGGGUUAUAUAUUGGAUCGAUGACACCUCUCUCGAUGCAGAGAACGAUGCCUACACCGCCUUCCUUACCGAGAUUCAGUCAUUCGAUCUUGACGCCUUUUCACACACCAUCCUCACCCGUCUCAAAGAUGCAGAGCAUUUGGUGCGGAAGUGGCAGAGGGAGUGUAAGAGUUAUCGCGAGAAGGCGAAUGUCGCACAACGCGAAGCUGCGGGGAAGAUCAGUGUCCGUGGUUUCAAGGAGGGGGAUCUGGCGCUCUUCUUGCCUACACGGGAUAACGUCGACAAUUGGGCUCCCUUCACGGUUGGGUUUGGCGGAGGAUGUUACUUCCUCCGUCCCCAACCCUCCGAAGGGCCUCUUUCUAGAAAUAUGGGGAGGAGGGAGUUCAUGCUCGGACGGAUCGUGGGUGUCGAGGAACGUGUUGUGGAUUUGGGGAGGAGGCCGGAGGGGGAGGAGGGGGUGGUGUGGGAUGAGAAGGAGAAUCCGUUUCGGCUUGGGGAUGGGAUGAGGUGGUUUUUCUGUGAUGCUGUGGAUGAGAGGAAGGGUGGGAACGGUGGGGCAAUUGCGAAGAGUGUGGGAAAGAAGGAGGGGAGGGGAGUGGGUAAGAGUAUUGUGGAGGAGAGGAAGACGAGUGGAGAUGAGAGCCCGGGAAUGGGGAAGUCGACAUCCCCUGGUACGGCUUAGAGUAGUUACGUAUACGGGGUGGAAUACUGUCAUUGCAAUUGGAUUGGAUUGGUCAUGGAAGGAAGGAGUUAACAUUUUUAUUGAUUGGUCUCUUGGUGAUUUGGCAUAGCAUUGCACACUC